AUGGGAGUGUCACCAGACCAGCACCGCACCUUCACCUGCACCCCCCGGCCCCUUGUCGUACAGUCGAUUGUGACACAGCAUAUCCGCCAGGAGGUGGAGCUGCCCCCCGUCGGGUCGAAGCGCUUCUACGACUUCAACUUCCAGUCCGCGGACCCAGUGCGCGGCAUCCUAGCCUGCGCCGCCUGGUGCAGGGUGGAGGCCACCGCCGCGGGUCGCUGUGUGGAGACACCGCGAGGGGGGGGCCCGGUGCACGUGAGCCCCACGGGGGACACGACGGCAUUAUGGCGGCCAACAGGGCCGGUGGUGGAUGGCAACCACCCACCCACUCACAUGGGCGAGCCACAGACGGAGGGCGCAGGCACGGCAGAAGUGCCCGGCCCCAGGGUGGGCCGGCUUCAGAAAGUCAGCAUGCAGGCACAUGGCGCCCAGCACGGUGGCGCCCAGCAGCUGCCUCUUCCCGACCCAAAGAAUCUGCGCAUACUGGUCAUAGAUAGCAAGGCUGUAUCGCGUCAAAACACAACGCAGCUGCUUAGAGAGUGUUCUUAUCAGAGUCAAAACCAGCACGCGGCGGCUCUUCCUAGCGUCGCAAUGCACGCCGUGCGUCAUUACGCUUUUCGGGGUCCAAGCAGCGCAAACCGGCAGUACGAGGCCACCUCUAGUGACUCGAAGCAGACCAACCAAGAGGAAGACGAACCGACCUCAAAGGAAGGAAGUGCACCUGACAAUGGAAACGGACAUGGAAGCAAGGGUGAUGGCAGUAAUGGCAGCAAAGAAGGCAAUGGCACCAGCCGAGUGGACGCCAAAAUUCACUGUGACAACAAGGACAAUGGCCACGGGUCCAACGGUAACGGUCACGGAUCCAAUAACGGUAACGGUCACGGUUCCAAUGGAAACGGUUCAAAUGGCUCCUCGGAUAACAAGAACGGCGGCAAUGGGAACUCCGCAACGAAGGGUGAUGGUACCGGUAACGGCUCUAACGGUAACGGCGCUAGUACGACAUUGGCAAUUGAUCGACACUACCAGGCGCUCAUCAACACUGCUGAGGGGAAAAUGCCGCCAAACCUGAGCAGCCACGAUGGAUUGACGCAGCUCGGAUGGGGAGUGAGGCUAAGUGGGUGUCUGCGGGCUGGGGAGGGCAUGCGGGGUGCAGGAGCUGUCAAGAGUCAAGGCAUCAUGGGGCGCUCGUCCGCUUUCGCGCAGUACGUAGGGCCCAGCUCGUCCAGCCGCAAGCGCGCUGCGACGUCGGAAGCCGUACAGCCAGGCAGUCGCGAUCCGUUAUGUCGUACUGAUGUCAUGGAGGAGGAUAACGGCACUGGCGGCAGCGGUAUGCCAACGGCGGAGGGGAUUGCGACGGGCGGCGGCGCCGGCGGUACGGGCAGCGGCGGUGGUGGCGGCAGCGGUGGCGGCGCAUUGGUGGCUCAGGGCCGAUCAAAGGCCGGAAUGCAGCGGGACCGCGACCGGGAGCGGGAGCGGGAGAGAGAGCGGGGGGCAGCGGCGUCCCUGGUACCCCAUGGGGCCUCAUUGAGGGCCUCCGGAGUCAGCGGGGGCGCUCAAACGCUGUCCGAGGACACGUUCAGCCCCGCCACCGCUACUGCCAGAGCCGGAGCCGUCGGGGCCCGCAGCGGGGGCGGCACUGGCGGCGCCGGUACUGCCGGGGGCACCGGCGCUAGCGGCGGCACUGGCGGCGGCGGCGGACCCCUGAGCGGCGGCGGCACCGCAAAUAACGGCUCUUCGUACAACAACGGAAAGCAGCACCCACAUCCCCAUCUACACGCACACCAGCCGCAGCAGCCCGCGCUAUCUAACGACCUUCCCGGGUCGCAAGGCAUCUCCCCGAGCCACUACGCCUCCAUGCAAACGCACCCGCCGCCGUCGGGAGGCGGAGCUGGCGGCAGCAGCGCUGCAACCGCCGCGGCAGCCGCCGCCGCCGCUGCCGCCGCCGGCGGCACAAGCCGCUCCGGGCAGCAUGCCACUCAGCAACCAUCGUCACAGCUGCAGCAGCAGCAAUCCCAGCAGCAGCAGGGGGGCGCAGGGGGGUUACAGGGCCCGGCGGCGGCAGCUGUCUGGCCCCCGGGGGCCCUGGUGCCACCCCACGCCCUGUCAGCGCACCACCAUCACCACCCAGCGCACCAUCAUUUGGCUCGACUGGCAACGGCGGUUGGGCCCCCUGGAGUGUCCGCCGCCGCCGCUGCUGCUGCGGCAGCGGCGGCGGCGGCUGCGGCGGGGGCCCCCGCAGCGUUUCCCGGCAUGUUUGCAACACCCUUUGGCCUCGCCCCCGCCAGCCACAUCCUUCCGCGAAUGGCGAUGGGAGUUGGCGUGGCGGGAACGCACCAUCCCGCAAUGAGAUUCGCGGUGGCUGGCGGCCCCGGGGGCCCUAUGGUGGCCGCUGGCGGCGGUGGUGGUGCCGGUGGUCCUGGCGCCGCAGGAGGUUUGGAUCAGGUGGUUCAGUUGCAGUCCAUCUUGCCUUUUUCCCCACCGGAGGUGGUGGCGUUGGCGGCAGCGGCGGUGGCGAGUGAGCAACAGGCGCACCAGGUUCAUCAAGUGCACCAGGCCGCUGCAGCUGUCCGUGGUGGCGCCCACGGCGGUGGCGGCGGCACCGCGGCCGGGGGUCUGUUGUUUGGGCCGUUGCCUCCAGGGGAGAGCCCCGGCGGCGCCGCCACCGCGCCCACCAGCGGCGCCACCAACUUCAACGCGAUGCUCCUCAACCAGCUGCUGGCCAGUGGCGUCACGCUAACGGCGUUCCUGGGUCACCCCACAGCGUUUGGGAGCUUGAGGAGGGAUGAGAUGAUUGAGGGGGGGGGUCCGCAGCAGCAGAUGGAGACCGGCAGCGCCAGGCCGCACGAACGACCUGACAGCAACUGCUGCUUCGCUGUUAGGUCGAUGGCAGUUGGCAGUCCAGGGCGGGCAGUAGCAGGCCAGUAUGGUCUCCUUCUAGGUAGAGGGCCUGGCCCUAUGGGCGUCGCAAGGCAUCCGCAGCAGCAGGGCUUGGGUCACCCCGCACUGCCGGGCACAUCAUCUCGCAUCGGCGGCCCCCAUCCCCAUGCCCACCAGAUGCCGUCAAUGCCGCAGCACCACCAGCAGCACCAGCAGGCAGCCGCUGCGGCGGCGGCGGCGCGUCAAUGGCCGCCGCCGCCGCCGCGGCCGCGGGGGUGUUACCUUUCCCUGGAUCCCUGCCUCCGGGCCAUGGGGGGCCCGCAGGGCCCCCUCUGCUGCCUGAACACGCCUUGGUCGCAGAAUCUGCGCUUCUCAAAGACCAUUCGCUACGAGGCGAGGAAGCAGCUAGCGCAGCAGCGGCCGAGAGUGCGGGGCCAGUUCACCAAACACGGAAGCGGUGGCGGCGACGGCGGUGGAGGUGCCGGUGGCGGCGGCGGAGACGGUGACGGCGACGGCGGAAUGAUGGACGACGGCGCUCCGACCAUUAGUAAUGGCGCCAAAAGCGGCACUGGCGGCGCCGGCGGCGUGGCAGGCGAUGACGGCGGGGGCGACGACGAAGUUCAGACGAAUAGCCGGGGAUAUUACGAGGAGGAGGACUACGACAUUGAAGACGCGGAGGAGGACGAGACGGAGGCGGAACCCGACGACAUGAUGGAACUGGGCGGCGGCGGCGGCGGUGUUGGCGGCGGCGGCAGCGGCAGCCAGCACAACCCCCAACAACCACCACAACCUGACCUCCCAGAGGCGCUCAUGAUUAUGCAGCACCAGCACCAACAUCAACAUCAACAGCAUCAGCAACAACAGGGUCAGCUGAGAGGUUGUCGGGAGGAUCUUAUGGAUCUGGAUCCAGAGGGCCUUACAGAGGGGGGAGAGACCGGGGCCCAGGAUGGAGGCGGCGGAGCUGGCAUCAAGGCCUGUGGCUGCGCCGGCGGUGGCGGAGGAGGAGGAGGCGGCGGCGGCGCUGGUGGCAACGGACCAUCCAAGUCAACGUCGCCCGGUCCCAGUGGUGGCGGUGGCGGCGGCGGCGGCGGCGCCGCUGCGGCCGCCGUUGCGGCUGCAGCACUUCCUCGUAGCGGCAGCUGCGGCCUCCCCGCAGCAAUCGACGAGGAUGACGAUGCGGAGGCUCAUGCGGCUGCGGCUGCUGCGGUUGUGGUCCGCAGUCUGAUGGGACUGCGGGAUGCCGUACACUUGAUGCGGAGCCGGCCACCACCAGAUGCCGAUAUGACGCCGAUGCUGCUUGUGCAGUCGGCGCCCACUCCCGCCCUCGAGUCCGGCUCGAGUCCCCCGAGGAGGCCAAGGCGACUCGUUCCGUGGGCAGUCAGGGCUCUCUGUCCCGAGACCGGGGGCACAGCCGGGGACAUAGCCACGGUCACAGCCACAGUCAGCCGCACAGCCAGCUACAACUACAACACCAGCAGCAGCAGCAGCAGCAGGGGGCACUUCAGUCCCAACAGUCCCCCCAGGGCCAUUCCCACGGAGGAGCUGCGCACGCGGUGCCCUCUCAUUCCCACGACCGAGAUCGAGAUCGAGAUCGAGACCGUGGACACAGUAGCAGGGAUGGCUGCAGUCGCGGCGGCGGCGGCGGCGGCGCUGACGCAGCCGCCGCAGCAGCAGUCAGGUCUUCCCCGCGCGGCCUCCCAGCAGCCGCCCUCCCUACAUGGGACGUUACCAAUGGGAUCUGCCGGUCUGACGCAGUAUGCGCAAUCAUCACAGCAGCAGCAACAGCAGCAGGCGCAGGGAGGAGGAUCGGGGUUGCAUUCCGGCGGAGGCGGCGGCGCCGCAGGAGGCGGAUUCCGAGGAGGCGGUGGGGGAGGCGCCAACGGUCAUUGCGGGGGGCACCAGCAGCAGCAGCAGCAGCAGAGUCAGAUUCAGGGUGGCUGUAGCUUACAGGCGACGCAGCAGCAAGGGCCGCCGCACGGGCAAAGCGGCGGCGGUGGCGGCCUUGGUGGUGGUGGUCGUGGUAGCAGUGGCUUGCACGGAGUAGACCCGUGGGGGGAAGGUGGUCACCGGGAGCGGGAUCGGGAUCGGGAGCGGGAGCGUGAUCGGGAGCGUGAUCGCGAGCACUGGGAUUCGAACCGGGAACGUGAGGCACGCGAGCGUGAUGUUGCAGGCGCCAUGGCGGAUACGGGGGGCGGUAACGGGAAGAACGGUUCGGAUUCUGGAAGCAACUCGCCUGACGAAAACGGCGGCGGUGGCGGUGGCGGUGGCGGUGGUGGCGCGACUGGUCGGUCUAAGGGUGCCGGCCCUGAGAAGGGCAGUCACGGCCUCAGAGGGGGACACGGCCACGCACAUCGAUGA